AUUUAAAUAAGACAAUAUAAUUUCUAAUUAACACUAUGAAUAUAUCCGAAUCUAAUGAAGAAAUUUUGCCCCUUCUUAAAGAGAAAGUAAAGAAAUCGUGUUCACAAUCGUCUACGAUCAUAUUCUGUUUAUUGGGAUUUUUUGGAAGUUUCAAUCUGACAUGUCUUAAAACAAACUUGAGUGUAACUAUAGUAGCUAUGGUAAAAGAUUUCCCCAAUGAAAACAACAUUAUUUAUUCAGAUUGUCCCUCUCCCUAUCAAAAUUCGUCGAUAAAAUUACCUAAACACGGAGACUUUUAUUGGACUUCCGAAGUUCAAGGACAUAUAUUAGCUGCAUUUUUCUACGGCUACUGUCUCACCCAUUUUCCUGCCGGAAUCAUAGCUGAAAAAUAUGGCGGCAAAUGGAUUUACGGUCAGGGUGUUUUCCUUACUGCCUUUCUAACAUUAUUAACGCCUUUUGCUGCGAAAUUUAGUGCCACGGCAUUGAUUAUUUUAAGGGUCUUAGAAGGAUGCGCGGAGGGUGUCACGAGUCCAUCGAUGCAUUACUUGAUCGCCAACAGAGUAUCGAAGUAUCAUAGAACUAUGGCUACCAGUUUUAUUUAUAGCGGCGGUCUAGUUGGAGUAGUUGUGUCUCUAUCUGUUUCUGGCAUAUUGUGUGAUGCGGAAUUUUUAGGAGGUUGGCCUGCCGUAUUUUACAUGUUUGGUUGUCUGGGAUGCGUUUGGUCUAUACUUUGGUUUAUUUUAAUUACAAACGAAGAAUCUCCGAGCAAGUUACCAAAUUCAUUUGGAACUGUAGAAUCUCAAAAAUAUUCUUCUGUGCCUUGGAUAUCAAUUGUAAAGUCGCGACAAGUGUGGAUUUUAAUAUUUGUUCAUUUCGGUCAAGGAUGGGGAGCUCUUCUACUUUUAACCGAAUUGCCGACAUACAUGAGUACCGUGCUGUACUUCGAUAUAAAACAGAAUGCAUUUCUCUCUGCUAUUCCUUAUUUAUUCCAAACCGUCACCGGGUGGAUUUGUGCGUGUAUUGUCGAUUAUAUGCUCAGAAAUGCGUACGUCCAGUUAAAUUUCAUACGGAAGACGUGCAAUACAAUUGGAUAUAUGGGUACCGCAGUGUGUUUAAUAGGAGUCGUUCAAGUUGGCUGCGAUCAUACUACCAGCGUAUUGCUUUUUAUUUUUGGCAUGUCUCUUAAUGGUUUCGUCAACUCGGGAUUUUUCGUAUCUAUCAUAGACAUGGCACCAGAUUUUGCAGGUAUAUUACUCGGAAUAUCAUCGACAUUUGCAUCCGCACCCGGAUUUUUAACUCCUUUAAUAGUCGGGUAUAUAACGAAGCACGAGCAAACGAUCGACAGAUGGAGCAUUAUUUUUUAUUCGACAGCAGGACUUUACAUCGUAACAAAUUUUAUUUAUGUUAUUUUUGGUUCGGCCGAACUUCAACCUUGGGGUGUGGCUAAACCCGAAAUCUCGAAGAACUGCAUUAAAACCGACCAGUUCGUAACGGUGAAUUCUGAAGAUAAAACUAAAGUUUAUCCAUAGUUUAUCAGAGUAACUUCACAUUGUAUAUAUUAUUAUUACGUACACAAAUUAGAACAGUAAGAGAUCGA